AAUGAGAUAAACAGGCUAAUUUUUUAUUAGAGUUCUAAGAUGCAAGCAAGAUUACGGAAUUAUGAUUAUGGUUGAUAAGAGAUUUGCUUAGAAAAGUAAAUUACAAAAAAAAAUGCACUUAUGGAUUUAUAAAUUAUUAGACGAUGUGCAAAUAUUAUUAAUGAGACUUAGUUCUAGAUUUCUUUAGAUUAAUGGCACAACUUUUUGA